CAGGAGGCUCAGCUAAGGUUUUUGAAAACAGCGACUGAAGAUCUGAGCUUGCGAGCAACUGAUGGAGUUUUGGUUGGACAAUCAGGGUCAGUCACAGAUGUACCCCAGAUUUGGGACUCUUCCUGGGAGAAAUUGUGCAAACAACUAUCAUGAGAGACGGCAGGCGACCUAUAACACACUGUGCUAUGGAGAACAGCAGGAUCAGGGAAGGGAGUGCAGUGACUGGACGGUACCAGGAUCAAGAGUAGGAGGAGCUCUACAGGAAUAUACCAACUGGACCAACGCCGAGCCACCUGACUCCUCUUCUCCAAACUUUCCCUUCAUUUUACACCGUUAUGAACAGCGCCACCAGGACCUGGGGGAGUAUCGGCAACACAACCCCAGAAACAGAGAGUGUGCGUCUCACGCAGCUGCAAGGGACUACGACAGAGGAUUUCUGAGAGAUGCAUUGCCAAAGCGGUGGGAUCAGAGUCAGCCAGUCUGUUACAACAGAGAUGUUUCUGCUAAGAGGAACAACAGCAGCUAUCGAGAGCUGGAGGCCUGGGCAGCCCGGUACAGUCACUCGCUGCCAAGGAGGAGACGCUUAGAAGCAGAGUUACGAGAGGCCGCCCAAGGCCAGUCGGAGAGAGAAAAACUUUUGACACAUCCUGAAGUUCAGCUACAAUACAACCAGCUAAAUCGAAGCAGCAGAGUGCAUGGGCUGUGGGACAAAGCAGGACCUCUUACUACUGACCCAACCCACAUGAAGGGAAAUACUGAAUACCAAUCAAGGGUACCAGACAAACCUCCUGGGUAUAUUGGACCUCCUCCCUACAACAGGCCACACAAAAGUCCGCCUGUGAUGCACCAUUGUGAUUUUGGCAGGCAGCUGGUUGGGAAGAAGCAAGCCGAUUGGUCACAGCCAACUCUCAGAAAGUCAGAUGUCUUUUUAGAUUUGGAAACCAAGAGUAAAGUCGAGAAAGAUGUAGGCAAAAUCUGCACUGGAUUGGAGGAGCUGGAGUUCAGGAAACAUGAGAGGGAUGCUUUACAGGGAACCGGUUCCAUUGAUACACAGAAACCUGAAGGGAUACUGGAUGAAGAACCACAAGCAGUUCAGAAGUCGGACACAGAGAAGGAAGAAAUAUGUAAGGUCAUAGAAGGAAGGAAGUUCAGACUAAAGAAAAAGACAGGAGGGAUGACAAUAUUCUGCCUUGUGUCUCGAAUAGCUAGUCCCUGUGAAACCACAUCUUUACCAGUCUGUAGCAUCCAAAGCACAGAAAUAGGAGAGCUCUCAAAAGACAGACAGAUUGGCAACCAAGUGAACAAGAUCGCUGAUGAUGUGGACUUCAGAGCACACACACUAACAGAGCAGUCAGAUAAAAAGACCCCCGAAUGCAGGGGAAAGGUUAUGCCUAAAGAUGACCUACCAAACAACGUUUUCCUGGAAAACUCUGGAGUUGUAUGUCAGUCUGUGGAGCCUGUGUUGACCAGAUACCCUUUAUGGAGGGAGCCCAGUUCCAGUACCAAGCCAGAAACUGAGAGCCUCAACACAAACUGUUUGAAAGAGACAAGAGGAAGCAUCUUGAACCAGGAUGAAGGUGCGAAUGUAAGAAGCCAAUCAACAGACUUUGAAAAGGAUAAAGUAGACAUUGCUGAGAACAGUGAGGAUAUGAAUGGUCUACUGGUGAUAGACACCAGCUGUGUUGUUGUCAAAGUGGAGAUGAUUCCUUCACCAAAGAAGGAGCAAGUUCACUAUUUGGACUCCACAGCACAUGAUGAAGGCAGAACAUCUGAAUCCAAUGCUCAGGUUUAUCAAAAUGAGUCCUUGCAAAAGUAUGAAGACCCUGAAGCUGAUAUGGAUCCAAUACUUUUGAAGAAACAGGAAGAGAAAGAGAGUGACAAUUCCCUCUCUGGUGUGCAGUCUUCUUUGGUUUCUGAAAAGGAAACUCUGGAGGAGCGUGCUGAAAGAAUCCUUGGAAUACCUCUGCAUGAUGAUGAUGAGCAGCAAACUGAUGGUGAAGAACCACUGAUUGAUCUUUGCAAGGAGGAGCAGAGUGAGGAGGCGGAACCACCUGAUUCAGGACAAACUCUAGAGGAUACAGCAGAGGUUCUCCUACUGGACAAAGAUGACAAUAAAAAGCUGCUAACAAGUGAAGAUAGUAAAGAUUUUACAGCAUCUCAACAGUCAGCCAACAACAACAUGACUGCAGAAGAUGACACAGAGUCCCAACUUGAAACAAACACUUCAACCAAAAAUGAACUGAAGAAAGAAAGAGGGGGUGAAUUCAUUUGUGGUGAAAGUGAAAACGAAGAGCGUCUUGUUGAUCGCAGUAAUACUUACUCACUUUCUUCAGAUUCAUCAGAUUCAAGCACACAGGAAGGUGCUGAUUCUGAACUGGAUGCACAAAAUGUAGACCCAACUCCUCACUCUGAUGCAUCACCUCCUCUUUUCCCUGAAUCACCCGAUUCAAGCACCACUCUCAGUGAAGAGCAUCUCCCAAGCCCUCCUCCUCUGGAAGUAUUAUUCCCAGAAGCUGACGUGGAGAGUGGCGCCGAGCCAAAGCAUAGUGGGGAUGAAAUGUCAGACAUAGCUGAAAACGGGUCCUUGGUCACAGAAAUGAAAGAAGUCUUGCCACAUCUACACAAUUAUCAAUGUGACAACACUUUUUGUGUCACUAAGGAGCAAACAGUUGAGAAUGAUUCAUCUGGAGCUGAAGCAAAGUAUGAAGAUCUCAACAUUUCAGCUCAGCAGCUUAGAAGUGCCCAAACUGAAGGUGCCACUUAUCUAAACAAGGACCGGGAUCCUACAGUUCAAACAGGUGAGGACAAUGAAGAAAACCCAAGAACUUGUGAAUCAGAAGAUUACAGCUUCCUACCAAAGAAUGAUUUGAAGAACAAUGUGUUGUGCAAGACAGAAAAAGAUGUGACUCUGGAGCCAAGCCAAAGAAAUCCAGAUCUGACUGCAAGUCCCUUGACAGAAACAAGCGAUGAGCGAGAGGAAUUCACUCAAACUCAACUAAACACCUUGCAAAACUCACAAGAUGAAUGCCUUGACGAUACCUGUCCUUCAUCUGAUGAGGUCUUAAUCAAGUUUGUAAUCUCUGAUAUUUCAUCUUCUCUACAAGAGCCUGACAGAGAAUGUGCUCCUCUCUCUGAAACAGACUCAACUGGGUGUCCUCUAAGCAUUGACAUCACUGCUGCUCGAGACAUCGUGGGAAAUCCCUCUAAUUCUUUUUAUCCAGAUUCCAGCGAAGAAUCCAGCCAGUUGACAAUUUUUCUUUCCCAAGAGGAAGACGUUUCUCCAAAGAUCUCUCCGACCUCUGCACAAAAGAGAGCCUCUCAGUGUCCUAAAUCCCUGUUGGAUGUGGUAAGUCGCAUCAGGAAGCACACAGCACCCGACUCCGAGAGCGAAGAGGAGGAGGUGAACGAACAGUGGGAUCUGAGUUGUCUAAAUGUGGUUGCAGACACAAAGUCUGAGAGGAACUCUAAUGAGCUGCAGGCAGUUUUGGAGCUCAACACAGGGCAGGCGGACAAAGAACCAGAGGGAUAUGCUGAAGAAGACAAUAUGUCCUGCAACAGCCACGUGUCUGAAGCCAUUAUUACUUUAGGGACUGAAGAAACACUAUCUGGUGAGGUGAAAGAGGAGUAUGAUGCUGGGGAACAGGAGCUAAGAUGCUCCAGUGAAGAAAAAGAUGAAACCCGAUUGGAAGAAAGUGAAGAAGAGGACAACAUAAAUAUUUGUAAUUCUAGUGAGGACGGUCCAGUGGAGGUAGAUCGAGAGGUCAGUAAUGUGUUGAGUUAGACUAACAAAAUAUCCAACAAACAGUGUCUUGCAAACAUAUUCUAACCCCUUAAACUUUUUUAUAUUUGGUAACAUUACAAGCAACAACUUCAGUGUGUUUUGUUGGGACUAUCUACUCCACCCCAAAGUUUAGCAUAACUGAGAAAUGGGAGGAUAAAGACGCAUGGUCUUAUGUUACAAAUAAAAACAAAUUUGGCAUUUGUCUGUAUGUCAAGUGCAUGAAUGCGUUUUGACAUACACCUACAUACGUCGAUAUCACUAAAUAGAUAAAUGGCCACCAGAAGACACUUUAUUAGUGAACAAGUGCAUAAUUUAAUCUCAGUAGGAUCCAGCUGAUUUUAGAGAACGUUAAUGAACAAUGAGCAUCAUGAUGGCCAAUGAACACAGUAGACAGUUCAGUGAGGAAGGUGUGGAGAUAUUUAAAGUAGGAAUAGGUUAUAAAACUACACCCUGACCUUCAGGAAAGGUCAGGGUGUAGUCAAAUCCUAUCUAUGAAGUAAAGAUAGGAUUUAAUUCAUACUGUAAAUCCUAGCUUUUUUUUGGAAGAAUGGCAAGGAGCAAUGUUUAAAAAAAAAGCCACAAGAAGUCAUUAUGUUUGCAAAGCACAAUAAGCAAGGCAAAGAAGGUACUCUGGUCAGAUGACGACAUAAUUUAACUUUUUGGUCAACAUCCAAACUGUAUGUGUUGUUGCUGUGAAAGACUCCUGUCUCUCUGAACACACUUUUCCAUGGUAAAACAUGGUGGUUGGGGCAUCAUGCUAUGGGGGUGAUUGUCUUCAAUAGAAACAGGGAAAAUGGUCAAAGUUGACUGGACCACUUAUCGAGGUAAAUACAAGGCAACAAUUCGAAAAAGCAAAAUAUUUGAUAGUAGACCAGAGGUUUACAAAAACCCUAAACUUAAAACUAGAGCUGCAACACCAAGCAUCGCUUUCCUUCCAAUUUUCAAUGUCUUUAUUUUAUACCACACAGUUACACAUAACAUUUUAGCUGUAAAUAUUUCCAGGAGUGAAGAUAUUUUUGCAAGUCACUGUACAGUAACUUUAUUUUAUCCAUACUGUUAAAGUAAUUUUAGAGGUUU